AUGCUUAUGGAAGAAGAGGACUUUUUUCUUGAGGCCGUUACGAAGUUCGCACACGCUUGCCAUGAGGAUUGGCAAAUGGAAUGGGAACAUGGCUGCAUUUGGCGAGAGAUGAUUUUAUCACUCACACAGGAAACCACAGCCUUGUCACUCCUGCAGAUCAUGCAGGGGCUUGGAGUAACCAGGACGACGCAAAUGCUUAAUGCAGCAGCAAGAAGAGGCCAUGAAACUGUGGUUCAAGAGAUGCUCGCAGACAACAUAGCUCUCGACAAAUACACUCUUUGCUCGGCAAUCAGGAGUGAAAACGUAGCACUUAUUCGCCAUUUGCUGGGCUGCGGAGCGACUGUUAAUGACUCUUUGCCCUCUGGCGAUGGGGACCUAUUCUCGGCAGCAGUCAUUACGAAGAACGAUGAUCUCAUACAGCUUAUGGUUGAUAACAAGGCGAUGGAGCGCCUUGGCCAGUGGAGACCAUGGCUUGCCGCGUGGAAAGCCGCUUUGACAGUUAGCAACAUGAGUCUGCUACAAAAGCUACUUGCGAUGCGGGAGGAUAUUUCGGAAUAUGAUUUGGGGCACGCCUUGACCGUGGUCGCAAAGAUUGGGAACUACGACAUGGCUCUACAGCUGCUUGAGCGCGGUGCGGAUAUCGAAGUAACAUCGAACCAGGACAAUUAUGUUGGAGACUCCGCUCUUAUCAACGCUCUAGAGGCCAAAAGCCCAAGCCUCGUAGACUUGCUCCUACACUGGGGCGCCAAUCCACUUCGCAAAGAUCCAAUGUUUCCUGCAGUUGUGUGGGGAAAUAGCUUAGUGAUAGAGAAACUGCUGGCAGCAGGAGCCAGAUGUAGUUCAUCUGCAUUUGACGAGGCUGUGAAGAAGAAAGAUCUCGAAAUCAUGGAGAGACUUUUAUACGCUGGAGCUACCAUGGAAGGAGCACUCGAAGUCGCCACACGACAUGAAACUACUCCUUCUUUCGGCACUCUUCUACAGAGCUACAAAGUCAGAUAUCCUCUCGGGGCAGGAGGUUUUGGUUCAAGGGUACUGUGGAGCGCGCUCAGAUCUAAUGAUCAAUCUGCAGUGGAGCUUCUAUUGGAACAUGGAGCUGAUCCCAAUGGCUUCUUGUCUCUCGAAGGACAAUAUGGGCAGAACUUCACACCAUUCUUCUUCACAAUUGUGGAACGUGCCCGGAGCAGCACGUCCUUGAUGGAACUCUUCCUGAACCAUGGACACAAGUCGCGAGCUUUCAAGUGUUCUCCCCAGAGUAUAGUUGCCGAAUUGCACGGGUCUAAAAAAGGGCGCUCAGGGCCAAUGAUCACUGCUCUUCUUGCAGCAGUGAGCACGAAAAGCAUGUCUGUUGUCCAACUGCUUUCGCAACGGGAAGACGCCAUUAUUGAUCUACCCGCCUCUGGAAGGAUCACUCGUACACCAUUGCAACGAGCAGCCGAGGUCGGAGAUCUUGACCUGACGAAGUUUUUCUAUGGCUCGGGAGCAGAUAUCAACGCGCCACCUGCUAUAAUGGGGGGUGCGACCGCGCUUCAACUUGCCGCCAAAGGCGGUUACACGGCCAUAGUGCUGUACCUGCUGAGUAAAGGAGCUGAUGUCGAUGCCCCAAGGGCUCGAAUCGACGGUAUGACAGCGCUCGAAGGUGCCGCUGCACAAGGGCGUAUAGAUGUAUUAUCCAUCCUUCUUCGGGCUGGGGCCGGGUCACAUGGGAAAGAUCUCGUGCAAUUCCAGAGAGCGAUUGCUUUUGCGGAACAGGAAAGGCAUUUCACCAAUGUCCAGAUACUGAAAGCAUAUUUGCAGUCCAUCGGCCAGGACAGCCUCUUACUUGAGCAUAGUAUUCCGCAAGUUCGGGUCACGGAAACUUUCGUUCAUCAACGCGACUUUACAGAUUUUCAAAAUCUUGUUGGUUUGGAAGCCGAAGAAAGGCAUACAGAGUACCACGACCCACGUAGAUUUUGA